AUGAUAGGCAAGUUUGAUGAAGAGGUGGAACCAUCAUCGGAUGACGGCGAAACAGAAUCAGAUGACGACCCGUUUGGUGGCGGUGGUGGGGAUGAAGGUGGUGGUGGCGGUGAAGUUGGUGAAUCAUCGUUGUCAUCAGAAGGCGGGGGUGGAGGUGAAGGGGUUUUGGGAGAGGAAGGGGGGAGGCCAGGAGGGGGAGGAGAAGAGUUUUUCUGUGGAGGUGGAGGUGACAACGAAGGUGAGUUCUUAGGUGGUUGCGAUGAGCCUGGUGGAGGUGGCGGAGACGCUGCUGGCGGCUUUGGUGUUGAUGGUGGUGGCGGUGGCAAAGGUGAGUCCUUAGGUGGUGGCGAUGAGGCCGGUGGAGGCGGUGAUGAUGACGGUGGCGGCGAUGUUUUUGGCGGUGGAGGUGAUGAUGGUACUGGUUGUGCCGAUGGAGGAGGAGUAGUUGGUGCUGGUGGUGAAGGUGAUGCAGGUGGAGAAGGUAGAGAAUCGGAAGGCGGUGGCGACGAAUCAGACGCCAUUUGA